AUGUCACUUCGUCAGGUACAAGGCCCGGUGGCAGUAAAAGCUGUCAACGCUAGUUCCCGGCCGGUCAAUGAUCAGAAUAAAGUUCUCGCCUUUUCUAAAACCCUGCAACAAGUACAAGUUCUGGACGGUGGGAUGUUGGCUAAGAUGCUGGAAAAGGGAGUCAAGGAGGAUCCGUGGAGUUCAGUUGCGAGGUUGGAGAAACCCAAGGAAUAA